AUGCCUUGGUGCUGCAGUGAAGCCGUGGCCUCAUUAAUAUCCGCCAAAGACUACCAACUUAAUCGAGAACUGUCGGACGGUGCGACCUCUUUCUGCGGCACUCUGCUGACGGCACAUGUGGUGGAUUCGCAGCUUGAAGUACUCCAGCAUUGUCUGGACCAUAAUUGCGCAGUGGCACUGGUUCUCGAUUGUCUGGGAUUGGGACUCACCAUAAUUGCAAUGGGUGUCCUCCUCACCAUGUACUUCGACCGAUACAGAGGCGUAGCUUCAGGAAUCAAGUUUGCCGGAAUGUCCGGUUCCGGUCUGGCAUUUCCCAAGUUCCUCUCUUAUUUGCAACACAAGUACGGCUUUCGCGGCAUGCUCCUCGUCUACGGGGGAAUCGCUACUCACGUCACGGCAUUCGGACUCUUGCUGAAAGAACCUCCCUGGAUAUGUCUGAAGACUCGUGGUAAAAAAGAAGCAAAGUCAGCUGUCCAGGGCACCACGGGGCUUCAAUGCGGUUUGCCGAACGCGGAGCAGCGUUUUGAUUGUCCUACAAGCAGCAAGACCGAACCUUGGAGAAAUCUCUCGUCCCUGUUAGUACUAUUGCGUCAACCUACGUUUUAUGUGGUUGUUUUGUGUGCCGCUAUCGCGGACUUGACAUCCCCGACAUUCACGUCAACAAUGGUCGACUACGGGGUAGACAAAGGCCUUUCGCUUUCAGAUGCAGAGUCCCUGAUCGUCUACGGAUCGUGCACUGAAAUCGCCGGACGACUGUUCCUCCCUCUUUUAGCCGACGCAGGGUGGAUCCGACGCAGUACUCUCGUGAUGAUAGGCUUUUUUGUAGCCGGUUGUUCGAUGAUAUUGAUGCCACAUGCGAUCCUUCGAACGCACGUCCUUCUUGUUUGUAUGUGUGUGUAUAUUUUCCUGGGAUGUCUGACUACCAUGAAGACCGUUCUGAUGGCGGACUAUCUUGGUAUUGAAUGGAUCUCAACUUGCCAUGGGAUCUCAGGAUUGCUCUUGCUUCCUCUAACUUUCAUCACUCCAUCAAUAAUUGGGCGCUUUCGAGACGACGGAGGGAGCUACGAUAACCUGUACAGGAUGUACGGAGGAAUUCUGCUCCUUCUUUCUGGGAUCUUUCUUCUACUUGUCUGCGCUGAAAGAUGCCUCAACGAUGUUUGGACGCCAGGAGAGAAAGUGCAGGAAGGGGGACAUCACAAUGGACCGAUCUCACUGAGCGCCGUGCGCACGCACGACGCCGCCACAACUUUCGUGAAUGGGAGGCAGACGGCCGUU